GAGAUCCCAACGACAACUUGAUCGAAGGUGGCGGGACGAAGUUUGUCUGCAAACCUGGAGCUCGGAAUAUCACAGUCAUCUUCCACCCACUUCUGAGGUUUAUUCAAGAGAUCGAACACGCCUUGGGGUUCAGUCCCGCUAAGCAAUGCCCCCUCCGAGAAUUCCUCACCAUCUACAUUAAGAACAUCUUUCUCAACCAAGUCCUGGGAGAAAUUAACAAGGAAAUCGAGGGUGUCACCAAAAUUACCGACCCCCUGAAGAUCCUGGCCAAUGCAGACACCAUGAAAAUGCUCGGUGUGCAACGGCCUCUCUUGCAG